CCUCUCGCUCGGCUGGUCGAUCUAGCAGCAGGCCCGGCAUAAAGAGAGGGUUGAAAUCGCACACGCCGACAGACAGGCAUGGGCGUUCUCAAGCACAGGAAUAUGCAGUCCUCCGCCUUGAGCAAGUCCUCGGCCCAAGACGCCUUCGAGCAGGUGCGGAAGAGUCUGGACGACCUCGCCGAACUCACCGAGGCCAAGGACACUGACCUCAUCUUCCUGCGCGGCCUCAUGGACAGCCCUGUCGUCUGCACCUUGGUCAAGACGCAGGACAAGCUCGAGUCGCCCGUGGAAGCCCCGAAACCUGUGCUGCCCAACAGCUCGCGCCUCAUCCACGACCUGACGCGCCGCUGCGACCCCAGUCAAGAGGCGCUCGAACUCCGCAGGAUCAUCUCGAAGCCGCACUUCCAGGCCCUAAUCGAGACGCACGACGAGGUCGCCAAGCUGCACAGAGAGCCCGUCAGCAGGUCCAGUUCCCCCGCGUCCGAGCACUCGCCUUCCGAGGACACCAUGAUCGAGGACGCCAUCCCUCUGGACGCCGUCCGAAUGGUCGGUUUGAGGAAAAACGCCAAUGAGCCCCUGGGUCUGACGAUCGAGGUGGACGCGAACGGCAACCUGGUGAUCGCGCGGAUCCUGGCCGGCGGAAUGAUCGACCGGCAGGGGUUGCUGCACGCAGGUGACAUCAUUCGCGAGGUGAAUGGCAUUGACGUGCGCACCCCUGAUGAGCUGCAGGCUGAGAUCGCAAAGGCGCGCGAGUCGCUCACCCUGAAGGUAGUGCCCAGCGUCGAGCCCGAGGUGUCCGCUAAGGGCCAGGUAAAGAAGGCGCCGCCCGCCUCGCUCACCCUUCACGAUGGCACCACCACCCUGUGCUACAUGAGGGCGCUCUUCAGCUACGACCCCAAGGAGGACACUCUGUUGCCUUGCCCAGAGAUCGGCCUCGAGUUCAAGCACGGAGACAUCCUCCAGAUUUUGAACCAAAAUGACCCUAACUGGUGGCAGGCCAAGCUGGUCGGCAGCAGCGGCCACGCGGGCCUCAUCCCCUCGCAGGAGUUGGAGGAGCGCCGCAAGGCUUUCGUCGACCCCGACAAAGACUACUGCCACACGAUCGGAAUUUGCGGAACAAGAAUCUCAAAGAAGAAGAAGAAAAUGAUGUAUCAGAUGAAGCAGAACGCGGAUUUUGACAAAGCGGAGCUGGUCAUGUACGAGGAAGUGACGCGGAUGCCGCCUUUCAGGAGGAAAACCCUGGCGCUGGUCGGCUGUCACGGCGUGGGAAGGCGAACGCUCAAAAACAGACUCAUCAACUCGGACCCGGAGAAAUUCGCAGCUGUCAUCCCUUACACGUCCAGGCCGCAGCGAGAAUUAGAAGAGAAUGGCAAGAGCUACUGGUUCCAGGACAGACUGUCCGUUGAGAGGGAGAUCAAGGAGCACCAGUUUCUCGAGUACGGCGAACAUAAUGGCCACUUGUACGGCACCAAGCUGGAAUCAAUUCGUUCGGUCAUCCGUUCGGGCAAAAUGUGCGUCCUGGAUUGCAGUCCGGCGGCUUUGAAAAUUUUGCACAACUCCCAAGAGUUCAUGCCUUACGUCAUCUUUAUCGCCAGCCCUGGACUGGAGGAGCUGAAGAAUAUUUAUGAAUAUGGCACUAACCCAUACGCAAGCAGAAAUUUGGGCUUUGAGCGAGCAAGCUCAAUUCGGUACAGCUCGCGAAGGGCAAGGACGCUAGAAUCUUUGGCUUCUCUUUACGAGGAGGAGGAUCUUAAAAGAACUCUAGAUGAGAGCUCAUUCCUGCAGCGAAGCUACGAGAAGUUCAUCGACCAAGUCAUUAUCAACGAAGACUUUGAUGUGACCUUCCGCAAAGUUGCAGAGCUUUUGGACAACAUGACUACCGAACAUCAAUGGGUUCCUGUCUCCUGGGUCUAUUAAUAAUAUAGUUUAUGCCAAAAGUUUGCUCUUAAUAUUAUUCCCCCAAUGGCAACAAAAAUAAAUUCAUUGAAAGCA